AUGCUCUCUUCCCGGACUUUGUGUUUGACUCGUUCUGUGCAACGCUCAUUCUCGCGAUAUAAUACCUUGUUUUCCUCAACCAAUACUCGUGCUGUGCUCGGAACAACAAAUACUUCUCUCAACAUCAACCAUCAUUCCUUCAACACAUGCAAUUCAACAACAAAACAUUUACUUGUCUCUUCUUUCAUCACGGAUUCCAAUCAAGUGUGCAACUAUGCAGGCAAGACUCCACCAAAGAGUACCAAAGCCGUUGCUAAAUCCGAUGGUUUUGUAACCGAUGCCAUUGAUUAUAAGGAUAUUUGCGAUAAGAUGGACAAGAUUGUUCAAUCCACUCAGAAACAAUUGGCUGAAUUGAGAAGUUCCGCUGGAGCUAAUCCUUCCAUGGUUGAAAAUGUAAUGAUUACUUUGAAUGAUGAAUCCAAACGUCCACUCAAGUCAUUGGCAUCCAUUGUCGUGAAGAAUCCAAAAUGUUUAUCUUUAAAUGUUUUUGAUAAAACCACCACGGGAGCCAUCGUUCGAUCCAUUCUUGCAGAAAAUAUUGGAUUAAAUCCUCAACAAAUUAAUGAAAAUUCCAUUGACAUUCCAAUACCAAAGAUGACAAAGGAAAUGCGUGAAACUGUGUUGAAGAAUGUCAAAAAAGUGGCAGAGACUUUUAAAGAGAAAGUUAGAGACAUUCGAAGAAAUGCAAUGACUAAAAUUAAAGGUCAGAAAGAAGGAGCUUCUAAGGAUGACAUUUUCCACGAUGAACAAGUGUUACAAAAAGUCACUGAGGAUAUGAUUACUAAAAUUGAUGAUUUGGUCGAUCAAAAGGAGAAGGAAUUGAUGAAGGAAAGUAAAUAA